AUCAAUUCUUGAAUCACAAUUCUCGAUUCCCCAUUACACAAUCUUCAACCCUUUUACCCUUUCAAACUUCAUACAAAUAUAUAAUAAAAUGCAUACAAUAUAUACAUACACACAUGUAUCUCUAUAUUGACAGACAGCCCUCAUAUCCUUUUGCUUUUUCAGAGCUCAAAUUCAAAGUGUAAAAGCUUCCAGACCAGUAUUCUGAUCACUUUUUACUAUACCGUUAAUCACUCCUUCCUCAUUGGAAACAUACAUAAUGACUCAAGAAAUAUCUAUUGGUGAAUCAAGGUCAAGAAAGCAAGGGCUUUUGAAAGAUCAAGUUCGUUUAGUUAAACGAAAAGAUUGCGAUCGUUAUGAGAUUGCUAGAAUUCAAGAUAAUUUAUCAUUUGAGAAGGGUUUCUUUGUUGUAAUUCGGGCUUGUCAGUUGCUAGCCCAACACAAUGAAGGGAUCAUGUUGGUUGGUUUAGCUGGUCCUUCUGGUGCUGGGAAGUCCUCAUUUACUGAGAAAAUACUAAACUUUAUGCCGAGUGUUGCUGUCAUUUCAAUGGACAAUUACAAUGAUGGUAGCAGAGUAAUUGAUAAUAAUUUUGAUGAUCCUCGUUUGACCGACUAUGACACGCUGCUGAAAAAUAUUAAUGAUUUAAAAGAGGGGAAAGCAGUUGAAGUUCCGAUAUAUGAUUUCAAGUCUAGCACCCGCAUUGGUUACAGAACGCUUGAAGUCCCAAGUUCACGUAUUGUGAUAAUUGAGGGCAUAUACGCUUUGAGUGAGAAGUUGCGUCCAUUACUGGAUCUUAGAGUAUCUGUUACAGGUGGUGUUCAUUUUGAUCUUGUAAAACGGGUUUUAAGGGACAUACAACGUGUUGGGCAGGAACCUGAGGAUAUUAUCUACCAGAUAUCUGAGACGGUUUAUCCAAUGUACAAGGCAUUUAUAGAACCUGACCUCAAGACGGCUCAUAUAAGAAUUGUGAACAAGUUUAAUCCCUUCACAGGCUUCCAGAGUCCAACUUAUAUUCUAAAGUCAUCGAGAAACCUUACCGUGGAUCAAGUGAAGUCUGUCAUGUCGGAUGAACAUACAGAAACUUUUGAGGAGACGUAUGAUAUAUAUCUCCUGCCACCUGGAGAAGAUCCAGAAACUUGCCAAUCGUAUUUGAGGAUGCGUAAUAGAGAAGGAAGAUAUAGUCUCAUGUUUGAGGAAUGGGUCACCGAUGCUCCGUUUGUUAUCUCACCGAGGAUAACUUUUGAAGUUAGUGUGCGGCUUCUUGGUGGUCUAAUGGCCUUGGGAUACACAAUAGCAUCUAUCCUGAAAAGAAGUAGCCAUGUUUUUUGUGAUGACAGAGUGUGUGUAAAAAUAGACUCGCUGGAACAAAUUAGUCGACAUUAUGUUCAGGUUCAAGGAAGAGAUCGCAUAACUGUAAGAUGUGUUGCUGAGCAGCUGGGAUUGGAAGGUUCAUAUAUUCCGCGUACAUAUGUUGAACUAAUGCAACUCGAAAAACUAGUAAAAGAGAUCACGGUACCUCCAGAGGAAUUAAAAACAAAGCUAAGCAUAGAUGAUGAAAUGCUAUCCAGUCCCAGGGAAACACAUUCCCCCGCCGCAACAAGAAAUAACUUCUUUAAGAGUCGGAUGUCACAUUCAUAUUCAACCACAAGGGAUAAAAAUCUGACCUCCAUUCCUGGAUAUGCAAUCGAGAGUCCUAGAUUUGACGACAAGAGCCCAGAGCCAACAGACACAAUGGCAAUCCAGGGAGCAAUUAGCCAUCUCACGGAGCAAAUUUUUACCCUAAAUGAUCGGAUGGAUGAAUUUACAUCUUGGAUUGAUGCUCAAAGUUCACUAUCUUCAAGAACAUUUUCUGGUAACCAACAGAGCACUGAGUCAUUAAAUGGAGUUGCUUCAACUUCAUACUUCACCUCAACUUUAGCCAAUGGUUCUUUAAAUGGAUCUCAAGUCCGCCAUUCAAAUUCAUACAUGCAGUUAGCAAAAGAUUCUCCCCUCAUCGAAGAGAUAUCUGGAAUAGCCCAAAGCACACAUAAAAUCAUGCAUCAGCUGGACAACAUUAGCAAACAUCUUUAUGAUGAAAUAGGGGAGAAAUCACGUCAAGAACGUAAAAUCAAGAGAAGUGAUGGACCCAAAGUGGAUGCAAUUGCGGUUUCUAUAGUAUUAUCAUUGGCCAUUGGUGCUCUUGGAAUCAUCUUGUUUAAGGGUGUUGCACCCAGAAAUUGAAUCUUUUAGUUCAUUUUUCGACAAUACUAACAUUAGCAGGCAAUUUUCAUAUGCCUCAAUUUUUUUGUAGUUUCUUGCAAAUUACGCCCUACUUACCGAGAGGCAAUACUGAUAAUAGGUCAAGCUGAUAUACGGUUUUGGAAACCAUAGACGCUAGUUAAAGCUUUUGAAUUCGGUUUUGAGCGUUAUCAAAAGAGGGGUGUUUUUUAAGUUUGUAUGUGGCUUCUUGUUU